GCGCAAUAUUGUCAGUUGAAUUUGCACGUGUUCCAAAGUAAGUUGGUUGUUUUAUUUGAUUGGAGCCAUUUAUUUGAUAACAAAACGGCGCCAUGCAGCACGACGAUGUGGUUUGGAGCAUCAUCAACAAGUCCUUCUGCUCGCACAAAGUGAAGACCGACACACGCACCUUCUGCCGCCAUGAGUACAAUCUCACGGGUCUGUGCACCCGCAGAACCUGUCCGCUGGCCAAUUCGCAAUAUGCCACCGUUCGCGAGGAGAAGGGCAUCAUCUAUUUGUUCAUCAAGACGGCGGAGAGGGCGCACAUGCCCAGCAAAUUGUGGGAGAGGAUCAAGCUGUCCAGAAACUUCGAGAAGGCGAUCGAACAGAUCAACGAGAAUCUGGUGUUCUGGCCCAAAUACAUGAUCGCCAAGAAUAAGCAGCGUUUCCUCAAGAUCACCCAAUAUCUGAUCCGGAUGCGUCGCCUGAAGUUGCGCCGCCAGAAGCUCAUUGUGCCCCUGUCCACGAAGAUCGAGCGACGGGAGGCGCGGCGCGAGGAGAAGGCCUUGGUGGCCGCCAAGAUCGACAAUCACAUCGAGAAGGCGCUGAUGGAUCGUCUGAAGAAUGGCACCUAUCGCGACAUCUACAACUUCUCGCAGACCGCUUUCAACAAGGCUCUGGAGGCGGAACGCGUGGACGAGGAUGAGGAGGAGCUCGACGACGAGGACGAGGAUGAGCAGCUGGAGCGCGAAAUGGAGGUGGACGCCGACGAUUCACGCGAAGCUGACGAAGUGCAGAGAUCCCUGCUCGACGAGGAGUUCGUCGAGGCCGAUACGGACGAUGAGGAGGAUGAGGAUGAUGACGACGAGGAUGAGGACGAGGACUACGACAGCGAUUCCGGCAAGCGGGAAGAGGUCGAGGUGGGCAGCGAUUUCGAGGAGUCCGACGAGGAUGACGAUCCGGAUGCUGAUGAUAUUGAGGACACCAAAGUGCCGGCCAAGAAAUCCGCCAGCAAGGCGAAGAAGGACAAGAAAUCGCCGGCGGCCAGCAGUCGACGCAGCCGCUCCAAGCCCAAACUGGAUCUGGAGUACGAGUAUGAGGUGGAGAAGGAGGCACAGCGGCAGAUGCGCCAUUAGCCAGGUCCACAAUAAAUAUUCCCCCAUGCUCAUCCACUUAGCUGUUAACGCUUAUUGUUUAGCCAACUACAUUUGUAACGUCGGUUAGGAAUAGUAUUUUACAUAAAAAAAAAACAAAAAAAAACUA